CUCCCAGCAGUCGGUCCACCAUCCCUGAACAACCUGCCAGCCAGCUCUUAAGGUUAUCACAGUUCUAGGCAUCAAGCGAUGAGACAAGGGCGGGGGGCGCUCUGGCCCCUCUGUGGCAGGAAUACGGGUCCGGGUCCCCGGGGCACGCUUCGCUCGCCCGUGCAGGGGCGGAAUGUGUUUGCUGGGAUGGCUCCCGUCCGGGAGACAGACUGGGACCUGGCCAGAAAGUGGCGGCGGGACUCGCGGGGCGGGAGCCACCUCUCCGGCUGCGUCCGGUUCCCGCCCCUCAGACCGGGCCGCAGGGCGGGGCUCGGGUCGGGUCCGGGCCGGGAGCGGUAGCCGGCAGCUGGAAGCAGCCGCCGCCCGGGCCGCGCCGGGAGAGGCGAGGCGAGGCGAGGCGAGGCAGGGCGGGGCCGCGCGCGACGGGAAGGGGAGGCCGCGCCGGCCCGGCUGCACCCGCCGCGCACCGAGCGCCGCGAUGGGGCUGGAGACCGAGAAAGCAGACGUCCAGCUCUUCAUGGACGACGACUCCUACAGCCGCCACAGCGGCGUCGACUACGCCGACCUGGAUAAGUUCGCGGACUCCGGCUCCGGCCGGGAUCCCCACCGGCUCAACUCGAACCUCAAGGUGGGCUUCGAGGAUGUAAUUGCAGAGCCUGUGUCUACGCACUCCUUUGACAAAGUGUGGAUCUGCAGCCAUGCCCUCUUUGAAAUCAGCAAAUACGUGAUGUACAAGUUCCUGACAUUGUUCCUGGCUAUUCCCCUGGCCUUCGCGGCAGGAAUUCUCUUUGCCACCCUCAGCUGUCUGCACAUCUGGAUUAUAAUGCCUUUUGUAAAGACCUGCCUAAUGGUCCUGCCUUCGGUGCAGACAAUAUGGAAGAGCAUAACAGAUGUUGUCAUUGCCCCAUUGUGCACAAGUGUAGGACGUAGCUUCUCUUCUGUCAGCUUGCAACUGAGCCACGACUGAACACUUGAACCCUCAUCUAGAGAUUUGGAUACUGUAAUACGUCUGUGUUGUUACAAUGUAAAAGCACUACUGUUCAUUUCCCAAUUGUUCUCAUCCAGAAAAUUUUUAAGAUGAGCAACCACAUUUAGAAAUGUUUAUUGGCAGAUCUUUUCAAAUAAUCCUUUUCUAAUUAGUAGCCAAGGAUUUCAUAUCAAACUUUAUAGCCAGAAUUAUGAGUAGGUUGGCAACACUUAAUGUUAAAGGCAGACAGUUUGAGCUUUAGUACAAAAAUAUACAUUUCAUAGUGAUGAAUUUAUAAAGAUCAAGGGACAUUUCUUAGACACUAUAAUAGUUUUGUGCACAACCACUCAUAAAAAUAUGCAAUUUCUUUUUUUUUUUACUCUGAAAAGUAAUACUUUUAAAAUUACCUUUGCAGAAAAAGUCAUGGUUAUACUUACAGAAAAAAUAUACAAAGAUCCUAGAAACUGCAGUAACAAAAGCAUGCAGUGGUAAUAGGAGCUAUCUAAUAUAAUAAAACAAAUGUGAAAAUAGAUUCAUGAACAUCUGUUCCUUUAAAUAAGAAAUUGUUAACCUGCAGGUGUAUUUAAUAAGAUGUUUCAUUUUACUGUAUAUUUUGCACUUAAUGUAAAUGUUGCUCUAAUCGGAUUGCUUUCAAGCACUUUUAUUAUAUUUGUUAUCUUAUUGAACUAAUAUAUAGAAUGAAUAAAUGUAUCUUUCCUGGGGAACUUCA